AUGUUUCAUUGUACUGCUUCAUUUCCUUUACAGGCUUCAUCAUCACCGAAACAAUUAAAAAUACCAAGAGAAUUUUCACCAAUUAAUCAAUUAAAAUAUCGUAAUUUACAUAAUAGACAUUAUUCACCAAAUAAUAACAGUGAUUCUGAUAACGAUGUUGAUGAUGAUGAUCAUUUUGAUCAGAAUUCAAAUUGUGACAAGAAUGCAAAUAUUCAAGUAUAUGAUAUAGAUUUAUUGAAAAAUUCUUUCAAUCAUCAUUAUACUACUAAUAGUAGUAGUACGAGUAUAACACAAAUUGAUCAUGUAACCAAUCAUUUAAAUCGUACAAAUGAUCCAUUGUCGUCUUCACGAUUCACAGAGAAUGUGUAUAUACGUGAAGAAGAAGACGAUAGCUGUGAUGAUGAUGAUGACGAUGGCGUUGGCGACAGUGAUGACAGUAGACAUUCGAUUUAUUAUGUGAAUCGUAAAAUGUCAACAACAGCAACAACCAUAUGUACAUAUAUUCAUAAUUAUUAUUAUUAUUAUUAUUAUCAAUUACGAUACGUGAUUCUUUGUAUGGCUUUCAUCUUAGUUUGUAUAUUUGGCGUAUAUAUAAUUUUAUUCAUUGAUCAUCAUUCAAUGUUCAAUCCAUUUAAUUCAUUCUUAUUAUUAUCAAUAUCAACAUCAACAUCAUCAUCGUCAUCUGUUCAUGAACAAUCUUUACCAUCUGUACAAAAAAUUAACAUAAAAGAGUUAACUAAUCAAUUAUCAGAAGAAUUUCCUAAUCAACAUAAACGUUUAUGGGCACAGAUUCGUUCAGCUUUAGAAUCAUCAUUUCAAUAUAAAUAUACAAAUCAUCAACAGCAUACAAUGAGCCAAAGAAUUCCUCCUGUAGUUCUACUACUAGUCAAUCGUUAUAUACAUUCAAUAGUCAAUAAUCAAUCGAAUCAACCAUAUUCAACAUUAUUGAAUCAAAAUAAUCAGAAUCAUAAUAAUGAUAAAUCGUCAUCGUCAUCAUCAUUUCAUUGUUUUAUUUCACGUCUAAGUGAAUUAUUAGUGAAUAGUGAAUAUUUGUCAAAUUUUAAAAAUUCAUGUUCUAUUCUGGAAGCUUAUCAUCAAUUCAGUGAUGUGAAUAAACAAGAGUUAAAUCAAAUGAAAUUGGAUUUUGAUAGUCAAUUUGAAGAAUUAUACAAAUCUGGUGUACGGUGUUAUCAAUUCAGCGCUAUAGAUUUAUUGCCAGCUAAUAUUGUCUUGUUAUUUCAUGGUUAUACUGAUACAGAGAAUUCAUUGUAUUCCAAUUCAAUUUUAUUGAUUAGUUUAUCGAAACAAUUUGAUGUAUCUGAAUCACUGGAUUGUACACAGACAAAAAAAAAAUCAUCAUUAUCAUCUAUGCUACCAGGUGAUUGUAAAUCAGUUAGUCAAUUUGAACAUCAAAUCAAUCGAUUUCUACGUUCACAAUGGAAUAAAUAUUUAGGCAAUGAAGAAGUCGAUGCAAUAUUAUCACGUUUAACUACAAAUAUUUUAAUAUUUCAUACAUAUGAUCAUUUACAAAAUAAUUUCACUUGUCUAUCAUCAACAUCCUCAUCUUCAUCCUCCUCCUCAUCAUCAUCCUGACCAUCGUGACCAUCAUCUAAGAAAUUAGCCAAUCUGUAAUAUGUGUAUGUAUAUUUCUAUUUUUGUAUUCAAUGAGAUAAUUAAUUGAACAUUUGUACUGAGAAGAAAAUUGGAUUCUUAUUGAUUUUUCUUGAGGACACUGGGGGUGGGUGCUAGCUACAGUGUUUCAAACAAUGAGAGGAU